AUGAAGGACACUAUAGUUCUUUAUCCUGCUUUAUGUAGUGGACAUUUAAUGUCUAUGGUUGAAUUAGGCAAACUCAUAGUAACUCAGCACCCUUCAUUUUCCAUCACAAUUCUCAUUCUUACACCACCCAACAAAAACACCAGCAACAAAGACAUCACUCUUUCCCCACAAGAACACUACAUAGCAUCUAUUUCAGCCACAUUUCUUUCAUUCAAUUUUCAUUAUAUUUCACCAAUUUCAUCCCCUACAACACUUCUAACAUAUUUUAUUACCUUUGAAAUCUCUCCACAAAGAAACCAUCAUGUUGACAACAUUCUUCAAUCCAUUUCCAAAACCACAAACCUCAAAGCUGUUAUAUUAGAUUUCUUCACCUAUAGUGCCUAUCAAAUAGCCAAAAAACUUGAAAUCUCCACUUACUUUUACUAUACUUCAGGUGCAGUUGGAUUAGCCACUUUUCUCCAUUUGCCAAUACUUCACCAAAACGCUAAGAAACGCAUUCAGGAUCCUCACAUGCCACUUCGAAUUCCCGGAUUAUUUGUUCCUAAUGGAACUACUCUUACAAUUUUAUCUAUUGGACCUCUUAUUACAUCUUCUUAUGGUGGAGAUGGAAAUGGGUGUCUGCGUUGGCUCGACUUGCAACCGAGUAAAAGUGUCGUGUUGUUAAGUUUUGGAAGCAUGGGGAGAUUUUCUAAAGCUCAAUUGAAAGAGAUAGCACUUGGUUUGGAAAAAAGUGAGCAAAGAUUCUUGUGGAUUGUUAGAAGUGAAUUGGACUCAGAAGAACUCAAUUUGGAAGACUUGUCACUAGAAGGGUUUUUGGAGAGGACGGAGGAAAAUGAAAUGGUGAUAAGAAAUUGGGCUCCACAAGGUGCAAUAUUGAGUCAUGAUUCAAUUGGUGGGUUUGUGAAUCAUUGUGGAUUGAACUCGGUGUUGGAAGCAGUUUAUGAAGGUGUGCCUAUGGUGGCAUGGCCUUUGUAUGUUGAACAAAGACUGAACAAAGUGAUUUUGGUUGAAGAAAUGAAGAUGACUCUGGAACUGAAUAAGUCAAAAGAUGGGUUUGUGAGUGGAAUUGAAUUAGGAGACCGAAUUAAGGAAUUGAUGGACUCAUAUAAAGGAAACGAGAGUAGACAAAUGAUUUUCAAGACAAAAAUUUGUUCUAAGGAAGCAAGAGAUCAAAAUGGACUCACAGAGGAGAACGAGAAAGACACUGGAGAGAUAGAUAAUGAUGGGUACUCAUAA